GUCGCUCUUAUCCGGUCUUUGGAGGUUAAUGAUUUUUCCUUUGGUGCCUUAGCAGAACCCCCGUGCCUCACUGCCUCAUGCCUCAUGUCCAUAUCUUUGAGAAUAGCGACUUUGAGUGGGAAGGAGGUCAACAUUGAGAUUGACUUAGACUCUUCUGUCUCAGACUUGAUGCGAAGAGCGCGGGAUCAGCUUCAUGCUGGAAUCCAGUGUCUCAUCAGCGGUUCUGGCGUGAUUCUGGACAGAUGGAUGACACUGAGUGAGGCCUCAUUGAACAACGAAGACACCUUGAGGGCCAUGCUACGGCGAGCCGAAGUGGUGCCGGGGAGCUUGUCGUUUGCUUUGCUGCGAUGCGAUGGCAGAGUUGUGGUUUGGGGUGACGGCAAGCAUAGCUGCAAAAGGUAUCGGGACUUGGUGGACAUUGUCCAAGUAAGAGCGUCCAGCUCCGCCUUUGCUGCGAUUGCUUGGGACAAGUCUGUGCUGACCUGGGGAAACCCUCGACUGGGAGGAGAUCCUGCCAAGGCGCCAGCGAAGGCAGUGCAGCUAUACUCAAACUAUCAUGCAUUUGCUGCCAUUCUUGAGGAUGGAAAAGUCUUCACUUGGCCGAGCUCGGGGUGAUUGCUCAGCUGUGAGCCAUCAGCUUCAAGGAGUUCGCACUAUCAAAGGAAAUGAUCUAGCUUUUGUUUGGCUUGCCGCCCUGGCUGCGUUCCGUGUAUGGGGUCAUGGAAUUGCCUUCGCAUGGGCUUUUGCUGGACAUUGCCUAGAUUCUGCCUUGGCACCUGCCUCUUGUUUUAUGCAUGAGGUACCUGAUCUGCAUUUGCCUAAGCAGCAUCCUUUCACACCAUGGGAGGAGUCCAAGAAGUCGACUGGCACUGUCUCUGUUUGCACUCGCCUGCGCCGCCUUCUUUGCAGAUGGUUUCCCAGAAAGAAACGACGUCUUAGGAGUUCUCUGAAGCCGGCUCGACUAGCAGGCAAAUCUAGAGUCAAAGGACCUCGGCACAAACGUGCCAGGGGUCAAAAACAUGCAGUCAGUUGCAGUUACCAAG